AUGAAGAUUUUGAUUACCGGAAACCUCGGUUACGUGGGACCCGUUGUGACCAGGCAUCUGAGGGCGAGUUUGCCGGAUGCAUAUCUGGCAGGCUUCGACGCUGCCUUCUUUGCGCAUGCUUUCAGCGAUGUGAGUGCUCUGCCCGAGAGAAUGCUGGACAUGCAGCGGUUCGGGGAUGUUCGCGAUAUCGCGAGCGACGAUCUUCGGGGAUUUGACGGCGUCGUUCAUCUGGCGGCCGUAUCCAACGAUCCCAUGGGUAAAAAAUUCGAGACGGUCACGCAGGAGAUCAACUGCGAUGCGAGUGUGCGGCUGGCGCGCCUCGCGCAAGAGGCCGGUGUAAAGCGUUUCGUCUUUGCGUCCUCUUGUUCCGUCUAUGGCUUUGCUCCUGGAGCAGCCCGAAAGGAAUCCGACUCCCUGAACCCACAGACGGCCUAUGCCAAGUCCAAGGUCGAUACCGAGCGGCAGCUUGCGGGGAUGAACAGCUCGGAGAUGACCAUUACAUGCCUGAGAUUCGCCACGGCGUGUGGAAUGUCGGAUCGCCUUCGACUGGAUCUCGUCCUUAAUGACUUUGUAGCAUCCAGCGUCGCUGAGAAGCGGAUCACGGUCCUGUCGGACGGUACGCCUUGGCGCCCUCUUAUCGAUGUUCAAGACAUGGCGCGCGCGAUCGAGUGGGCUCUCGUGCGGCCGGAGGAGGCGGGCGGGCGCUUCUUGAGCGUCAACGUCGGCAGCGAGGUCUGGAACUAUCAGGUGAAGGACUUGGCGCACGCCGUGGCAGACGCCAACCCGGGAACCGUUGUUUCGAUCAACAAAGAUGCGCAGCCGGAUACGCGCUCCUACAAGGUCGAUUUUUCGCUAUUCAAGACGCUUGCUCCCCAGCAUCAACCGCGGGUGAGCUUGAGCGAAGCGAUUGCGCGGCUCCAGAACGGUUUGACCACCAUGAAAUUCUCUGACUCGGAUUUUCGCUCGUCGCACUUUAUGCGGCUGAGGAUUCUCGAAAGCCACAUAGCUAGCGGACGUCUGUCUCCUGCCCUUCGCUGGCUGGAUUCCAACUGA